AUGCGUGGAUGCAUUUGCUCACGCUGUGCAGUCUUCGUCCGCGGCGCUCCCGCAAAGACCGGCCCUGCGACCGCUGUCGCCGCUCCAAACGCUCUUGUCACAUCACUGUCCGCGGCCAAGCCUAGGAGCACCAGUCCCGAUGGCGAUGCUCGUCCACACGAUGUCUCUCCCCACCGCGCUGCACCAUCCACAUCCACCGGGGCGUCCGCUUCUGGAUCCACCGUGUCUGCUCCUCGCUUCAGCGGUCCCCCCAUCUCCUCGUUCCCAAUUGCACCCACUGUGCCUUGGAUGGGCGAGCGACCCACUUUUGCUGCUCCUCUAGCUCAACCCUCGUCAUCUGUGGUUGCCUUCCUCGACAGCUUGGAAGACGACCCGCGUCGGCAUGCCUCGCCGCACAAUGACGACGAUCAGCACUACUCUUCACUCGACUUGGGUGUCACCGAAGAGGAAGAGUCGCACUAUCUAGGCUCUGGCGCCGUCGCUCAACUCGCGUCCGUGUCGUUGGAUGCGCGGAUUGAACAGCGCAACGCGGAUGCACUCCCUUAUCGACAGGUCGCAGACCCACGAUACCCGGCGUACUUUCUCAAAAACCCAUCCCGCGUCUAUGGCCUCAGCAAUGCAGCAUACGUCGCCGAGAAGGGUUACACCGAAGUUCUCGCCAUCAUCAAAGCAGAGGACGAAAGCCUUCCCGACAAGCUCAUUCAACACUUUAUGAAUCGCACUCUACCGGCACUCCCCAUCCUCAACCAUGUCCGCCUGGAGGCGUCCCUCCGGGGCUGGCAAGGUGUCGGGAUGUUUCCGUCUGCCCUCCUGGUCGGCAUCUUUGCGCACUCGGCAGUGUACGAGCCUUGCCUGCGAAGACACCAGAAGCGCUUCUGGAGCAUUCUGCUUCACGUUCUCGACAAUGAGUAUCGCCAGCCUCGUCUCCAAACUCUGCAGCUUGAAAUCUUCAACCUGGCUGGAAGGCCAAUCAUCAACCCUGGCGGCAACCAUUUGGGCAUCUGCCGUGCCGUCGGUGCCGUUCAGCUGUUGGGUCUUCACCGCGACUCGUCCAACUGGAAGCUGCCAAAGUGGGAGCGCUCGUUGCGCAAGCGCAUCUGGUGGGCGCUGUACGUUCACGACAAGUGGAACUCGUACACGUACGGACGCCCAGUCAACAUUGAGGGCGAGAGAUCCAACAUUCCACCUCUCACCUUUGAGGACGAUGACUGGGGCAAGACGCGACCACCAGACAAGGUCGGCGAAAUCUCGUGCUUCAUCGCCCUAUGCCGCCUCAGUGUCAUCCUGGAGAACCUGCUGCCCCUCUUACUCGAUCGUGAUGGUCAGCCCCGGCCACACAGCCUCGACAGGUCCCUCUUGCGACACUCGGCCAAGGAGCUUGACACCGUGUACCGAGACUUGCCCGAGGACCUGGUAUUCAGCCCAGCAGACGCCACCUCGAGCCGUCGGCCAGGAUGCCGUUCUCUACAGCUCACGCACUGUGGUAUUGCGCUGCUCAUCUGUCGUCUGGGACUCGAACGUGAAGAGUUUACGUCCCUUCCCCACCUGGUACACGGCAACAAGCAUGCCCUGGGAGUGAUUGAUGGUUUGGCCUCGCUCAUCGAUUGCCUGGGUGCGCACGACUACCAGUGCUACUGGUCACCUUGGUCGGCCUAUCAACUCUCCAAUGCCGUCACCCUUUUGCUUCAGCAGUCGAUUCGUAUACACCAGCACCCAGUUCUACAGCACGAGCGCCAGCACCAGGCCGAGUUUGAACGCCACCGCCAGCAAUCGCUCGACGACACGUUCGCCGUCCUCGGCCGCCUCGUUACGGUUAUCCAGGUCGCCGCAGACCGUGGCUUUGAAGUGGCCGACGCCGCCCUGCCGCGCAUCAAGAGCUUGAUCAAGUCCAUGUCACCCAUCCCAGGCAUCGAUGGGGUGCAGGCGCUUGUGGCGGAACCGGCCAUGCCCGCAGUUCCAGAGUUUCCUUCCGUCGACAUUGAACCCACCCACGAUAUCCUGGCCCUUUUCGACUGGCUUAAUGGUGAUAUGACUUCAGUGUUCUAG